AGAGCUUAGAAAUGGAAAUUCAGCCACCGGUAGUAAUUCUUGAUUACGCAGAACCACAACCAUCUUCUUUUCACUCAAAUCUGUGCAUGAGAUACGAAGCUUGGAAUCUUCUCCGUUGGCCUCCCAGAUCUCUAACGUGUUCAUGCUCUAAUGGAGUAUCGAAGGAUUAAGGAUCAGGAAAAAGAUGGCAAUGGGGACGGCAGUGGGGUUGGUGUUGCUGUGGCAGAUGACAUAGAGAGCUUGCGCGCCGGGAAACCAAUUUCAGGGAGUAAUGUGGCAAAAUUGGGAGCAAAUUCUUUUGAUCGUUCCAAGUGGCAACAAAAGUCCAUAGUUACGCUUGCACUGACAGUUCUUACUAGUUCACAAGCAAUACUCAUCGUGUGGUCCAAGAGAGCCGGAAAAUAUGAAUACAGUGUUACAACUGCAAAUUUCAUGGUGGAGACUUUGAAGUGUGUUUUGUCGCUUGCAGCUUUGAGUCGAAUCUGGGGAAGUGAAGGGGUGACUGAAGAUAACAGGUUGAGCACAACGUAUGAUGAGGUUAUUGUAUAUCCUAUUCCUGCAGCACUUUACCUUGUCAAGAAUUUGCUCCAGUAUUACAUUUUUGCUUAUGUGGAUGCACCGGGUUAUCAGAUAUUGAAGAAUUUUAAUAUCAUCAGCACUGGUAUUUUAUACCGAAUUAUACUUAAGAAAAAGUUAAGUGAGAUUCAGUGGGCAGCAUUUAUUCUACUAUGUGCUGGGUGCACUACUGCACAGUUAAAUUCAAACUCCGAUCAUGUUCUUCAGACACCUUUUCAAGGUUGGGUGAUGGCUAUAAUCAUGGCGCUCUUGAGUGGAUUUGCUGGAGUGUACACUGAGGCUAUAAUCAAGAAACGGCCUUCAAGGAAUGUAAAUGUACAAAACUUCUGGUUAUAUGUGUUUGGCAUGGCGUUCAAUGCUAUUGCCAUGGUGAUUCAAGAUUUUGAUGCAAUCGCAAACAAGGGGUUCUUUCAUGGUUACUCAUUUAUUACGGUUCUCAUGAUCCUAAAUCAUGCCCUCAGUGGCAUUGCUGUAUCUAUGGUGUUGAAGUAUGCAGAUAAUAUUGUGAAGGUUUAUUCUACCUCAGUGGCCAUGCUUCUUACAGCAGUUGUUUCUGUUUUUCUAUUUGGGUUUCAUCUUUCCCUUGCUUUUUUCCUUGGAUCAACCGUUGUAUCGGUUGCUGUGUAUCUACACUCAAUCGGGAAGCUGCAAAGGUAGUGACAGCUUUGAAUGGGUAAUCCAAACAACUACUGUUCCUUUUAUAUCAUUGUAUUAGGGGUACUGCUCUCCUGUUGUUUUUGCCCCAUCAUAUGUUUCAAUUGGUUAGCUGAGGAAUUAUGGAUUCUAACUACAAGCUAGAUAACAGUUGAUUGGCAUAUAAGAAAAAGCAAUUGUUACAAAAAAGGGAAAAAAAAAAAAAAAAAGAAGUAAGAUUCAACCCUCGAGUCCUAGUGCGCUGGGGAAUUCAAGCUCCACCUGGUUAAGCUAUCGGAUUUAUGGAUGAUGGUGGGCGAUAUCUGAAGCAGUUGUAGAAUGUCAAGUUCUUGGGGUUUUGAAAUGGUGUUGGUAAAAACUAUACAUAUAGAUACCGCAAAUUUUUACCUAUUCAGUUUGCAUAAGAAUUAACUAGACUUCCCAAUUUUAAUAUAAGUUCAACAGGGUUUAAGACAGACUUAAGCAAUAUUUGUUUCAAGUUGGAAUAUUUAUUAUAAUCAUUUGUUAGCUUUUGCAAA